GCAAUGGAUCUAGAACUGGGGAAGCUUUCAUCGAAUGUCCGAUUAUGCAUCGAAUUUGCUUGAUAUGGGGACUCGUUUGAUACGAAGCCGGUAACGGAGUUAUCAAACGGCUCUUCGCAUUCAGGGCGAGCAAGCGUCGCAUUUCGCAAGGCACAAAGUAAACGAAGCGUGGACCCUUCCCAAGGUAUCAACUGCUCACAUCUCACUUGAAUUUUCAACAGCAUGGGAUCUAUCGAAAACACUCCAGAGGGCAUUUCGUCCGACGAUGUCAUCGAGCUUACACAAGCCUUGGUGCGAAUUGACUCUUCCAAUCCAGACUUCGGCUCAACACCUGGCCCCGGAGAGAGUGUCAUUGCCAACUUCAUCACAAAAUGGCUGAAACAUCGCGACAUUGAGUGCCAUUGGGUCGAAUCAACACCGGGACGGCCCUCUGUGGUCGGAAUCGUGCGCGGCACGGGCGGAGGCCAGAGCCUCAUGCUGAACGGGCACAUCGACACGGUCACCUGCCUAGGUUACGAUGGAGAUCCCCUGAGUGCCGAGAUCAAGGAUGGGAACAUGUACGGUCGAGGCACUGCCGACAUGAAGAGCGGGCUCGCGGCGAGUAUGCUUGCGCUUGCCGGCGCCAAAUCGAAGAAGCUGAAGGGCGACGUGAUCCUUGCUGCAGUCGCCGACGAAGAGUCGGAGAGCAAGGGAACAGAGGAGGUGCUACGGGCAGGGUGGCGAGCAGAUGCUGCCAUCGUCGCAGAGCCCACAGAAAUGGCUCUCAUAAACACGCACAAGGGCUUUGCCUUGUACGAGGUCGAUAUUCAUGGUGUGGCGGCUCACGGGUCUCGCGCUGAUCUGGGCAUCGAUGCCGUAUGCAAGGCUGGGUACUUCCUGGUCGAACUCGACAAGCACGCGCAAGAGAUUCAACACCGCUUCGGGGACGAGAAGCCCGAAACGGGUGCGCCGAACAUCCAUGUCGGGAUGAUUCGAGGCGGCGAGGAGAUCGCUUCGUACCCAGCUACCUGCUCCAUUCAGAUCGAACGGCGCACUAUUGCGGGAGAGACGGCAGAGACCGUGAGACUCGAGCUGUUGGAGAUACUGCAGCGCCUGGAAGCAACAGUGCCCAACUUCAGUUUCGAUCUAAGGUCGACCUUCUCUCGAGCUCCGUUCCACCUGCCCAGAGAUAACGAUUUCGUCCAGCUCGUCUCCAAGCACGCGAACCAGGCCAUGGGUGUGAAGCCUACGAUCAAGGGCGAGACAUACUGGACAGAUAUGGCUUUGAUGGACGAGGUUGGCAUCCCGGGAUUGAUCUGGGGUCCCAAGGGAUAUGGUCUCCAUGCCAAAACGGAAUGGGUGGAGGUCGAGUCUGUGCGUCAGCUUGCGAGUGCGUUCGUUGGCAUAGUGGAAGACUUCUGCAAAUAGUAGCCAC